UUGCAAUUUCAGUCUAUCUCCGCGUUGCAGCGUUGCAUGAACUCGCGUACGUAAACGGAUCAACAUAUUUAUAUUACAAAUAUAUAUUAACAACAACAUUUACAACUACAACAACAACAGCAAGCACUUGGCAUACACCCUCAAGUCAAACGGAAAUAAUUAAGAAACUCGCACGGGCAACAACUGAAAGAAAACGGAAUAAUAAUAACAAAUCAAAUAUACAAAAACAAAUGUUUCAUAAAAAAACCCAAUUGCAUACGAAAUUGUUAAACCAAAAGCAACAACAACAACAACAAGAAAGUGUUGCGGUGCCGUUUUUUAACGACUAUCAAAUGGUGUCGGUGUCAAGCGCGGCCUAGAAAACAAAACAAUCAGCCCCUCUUUACCUAUAUAUAAACUAUAUAUAUAUGUAUUUGUAUAUCUAAAAUUAUAGCCAAAUACAGUCAGAGAAUUCCAAGCACGUUUCCAACCAGGCUGCAGAAUUACGCAAAAAACAAACUCAACAACAACAGCUUUAAACAGCUGACGUUCAAUGAACGCCCUGAGCUGAGCGUAAAUGCAGACAGUGACUGCCAAAUGUAAGUGCACAGCGUUGGCGAGCUGAACUUGAAAGUGAAAGUGAAAUUUGAAGCAGACAAACUCAAAAGAGAUAGACGCAUACAAAACAGUUACAGAUACAGCAACAGCUAAAGCUGCAGAUAGAGAUACAGAUACAGACACAGGCACAGAUACAGAUACAGAUACAGACACAGACACAGACACAGACACAGCUAGAGAUACAAUUGUGGUAACAGUUGUAAUAGCUAUUUACAGCUGCUUUUGCUGGAGUGCCCAGUGCUCAGAGCAUUAGCCCAAUUAUAAAUAUAAAAAGUAGAAAUCAUCAAGAAUGAGCGAACAGGAUCAGGCGGCCAGCAGCUAUGAGGUCAAGGUGCCGCAGGGACACACCUUUGUCGUUAGUCCUGUGACCGCAACACCCAUACUAACAGCUGUGCCGGUCAUGAAGCCCACGGCGCCGCCCAUGAGUCAGCUGAUUGAGCUGGAGGACGAGGAGCAGCCCUGCUGCAGCUCGCAAGCUGUGGUGCCGCUGUCCUCGUCGCUGCCAUCGAAGCUGCUGCGUCUCCAUGCCAAACGCUCGGCUCAGGCGCUGCUGCAUCAAAUGGAAUCGCUGGACUCGCAAUUCGGCUCCGGCUCCGAGGAUGCACCAACAAGCAGUCCAAGUGCGCCGCCCAUGUCGCCGGCCAGCGAUGAUAAGCUGCUGGACGUGGGCAUGGGCUCGUCCAUCGGUGACUCCGAGGAAUCUGAGGAGGAUGACGAGCUUAAGCCGCUAGCCGUGGACAAUCAUAUUAUACCUGACCCAGAGCUAGUGGAAGGUCAGGCCGCAUCGCCGCCAGCCGUGCCGCUCAGUGAGGCCAACUUGGAGAAGUUCCGAAAGCAUCAGAUGGACAACAUCUAUUUGCAUCCCAAUUUCAACUUGGAUGCAUCGCCGCCACCAGCCGUUGCGCCAGCCAAUUCGCCUGUGAUGGAGACCAGACGCGUGCAUCGCUCGUUCCUCAGCAUAAAAAAGACAUCUGAGCAGGAGCCGGAGCAGCAGCCAGAGCAGCUGCAGCAGCAGCAGCAGCAGCAGCCUCAGCCAGUGGAGCCGAAUGAGAUAGAUACGCUGGAGCCAAGCCUGGUGCCCAGCGAUGAGCUGGCUGCAGAGAUUGCGGAUGCUGUGGAGUUUUACUUCUCCAAUGAGAGCAUACUGAAGGAUGCCUUUCUGCUCAAGCAUGUGCGCCGCAACAAGGAAGGCUUCGUCAGCCUGAAGCUGGUGUCCAGCUUCAAGCGCGUGCGUCAGCUAACGCGCGAAUGGAAGGUGGUGGGCGAUGCAGUGCGUCGCAUGUCUCGCAAAAUCGAGCUGAACGAACAGGGCACCAAGGUGCGACGCCUGGAGCCAUUGCCCAGCUUCGAUGAGACAAUGCCCUCGCGCACCAUUGUCGCCUGCGAUCUGCCGCUGGACAAGCUGAGCAUCGAGAAGGUCUCCGACCUGUUCUCCAAGUGUGGCGAGAUCGCUCUGAUUCGCAUUCUCAAGCCGGGCAUGGCCAUACCCGUGGAUGUGCGCCAGUUCAUGAACAAAUAUCCGGAGCUGCAGCAGAAGGAGUGCGCUCUGGUUGAGUAUCUGGAGUCGUCGUCGGCCCGCGAGGCACUGCAUCUGACUGGUCCCUUCCAGGUGUACGAGAUGGUCGCUCCCAAGAAGAAGACGGGCAAGAAGGCAGCUGUCAUUCAGAUCGCCGCACCCGUUGCUCGCAUGGUGGAGAACUAUCGCUACUACAGCGAUGCCAACUGCGAGAGGACACGCGGCGGCAGCUUCUCAGGCAUGCCCAGCCAUGAGCUGUCCAUGCACGAUCUGCGCUUCAAGCUCAAGCGCAACAACUCGGACUUCCAGCCGAGCUACUACCAGCAGCAACAGCCCAUGCAUCAUCCCAUCUAUCAUGGCCAUGGCCAUGGCUAUCAGCACUAUCAGCCACGUGGCAGCAUUAAUAUGGAGCCAGCGCAGCAGCAGCAGCAACAGUCGCCCACAUCACCUGGUUUUUUCGGGUAUGUGCCCAGGCGCUACAGCAAUACGUCCACCAUAUCUGCCAGCACAGCGGCAGCUGGCUUGGUCGAGCCCUCGUCGCCGCCUGCUGCUGUCGUCGCGAACAACAACAGCAACAGCAACAGCAACAGCAGCAGCAAUGUUAAUGCUGUGCCUAUUAGCAGCCUGCAGCGUCGUCUGUCGAACUGCUCGGAGCAGAAUUAUGGUCCAGAUGCUACUCAGGCGCUGUCCAUGUCGCGACGCGCCAGCAACUGCUCGGAGACGGGCGCACCGCAGCGUCGCGAUUCCAAUUGCUCGGAGAGCUGUCCCUGUUCCAGGCGUGUCUCCGACUUCGGCCAGUCGGAUGCUUAUCGCAAGAGCUCCGUCUGCUCCAAUGGCAGCUGCCCGGGCAAUGGCGAGCGGCGCUACUCGAAUGGCUCCAUGCAGUUCGAGCGCAGCUUCUCCAAUGCCAGCGAUGGCAACGGCUUCUAUCGUCGUCCCUCGAAUGACUUCAAUGUGGAGCGCGAGCGAGAGCCGGAUCAGCUGGUGGGCGGCGGAGGUGGUGGCUAUCAGGUAUGGCCGCGUCGCUACUCCAACAAUUUCCAGCAGCUGAACAGCAAGCUGGCCGCCUAUGACAAUGCCCAGUAUAUAGGCGGACGGCGCAUCUCCACAGACUCCGGCUACGAUCGCCGGUGCUCCUUUGGCUCCGAGGGCUUUGAGGGUUCGCCGCGCUCCCGCACCGGCAGCUUCCUCAGCAACUACAAGCAUGGCGGCGACUACGAUGGUCAGCCACGUUCGCGCACGGGCAGCUUCUUGGACGGCUCGCCACGUUCGCGUUCCGGUUCCUUUGCCCAGCGGGCCGCCGAGAGUCUGGUACGCACGCCCAUCGGGCCAGAUGGCAGCAAGGGCUUCGGUCAGCGAGCCCGUAAGUUCGGACAGACCGUGUCGCCAGUGAACUAGACUCUGCGUUCAAUUUGUUAACUAAUUUUAGUGGGUAAUCUAUUGUUUCUAUUUUGUUACAACAAUUUUGUGAAAUUAUUCAAUGGCUGUACACUGUGAUUGCUGUCCAACUGUCCAACUGUCCACGAACAACCAGAACCACGACCAAGCCAUGACCAUGCCCCCUAGCCCACAUACUUAUAACAUAUAAUAACAAUAAUAAUCUAACGAAUUUUGUAGCUCUUAAGUUGAAUUUGGUUCGAAUGCAGAAAAUGUGGCAUUUCUCCUGCACUCUUGCUCCACUGUGCAUAUACUUCCAACUUAAUAAUAUAUAAUCA